GUAGCUCUCAGCAGGUAGAUUUCUUCUUUCCUCCCGCUGGGUCCCGUGGAGUUUCAGUAUCUGCGUCCUUUGACCCCAAACAGGAACGUGAAGGAUUCACUGUGACUUUAUUUAAUAAUCUGAAACAAGCAACAGAAGAUAAAUUUUCUGUUGAAGAAGAACGACUUUCACUGGACCAGAGGGUAGAAAAGCUGAUCAAUGAUAUUAACCUGAUGUUGGAAACACUGAAGGAUCUGAAUGAUGAAGAGUUCAUGGAAUUUAAAGGAAGAUGAGUUCCUUUAAUAACUUCAGGUCCACCAUCAGUCAUCAGCAAAUCCAGCUGGACACAUCAGACCAGCAGGAAUCAGUGAUUUCCAUUCUUCAGACUCAUGGAAAAGAGUCUAUCAAGGUGACCAGAGAUGUUUUAGAGAGCAUCAGGAGGACGGAUUUGGUCCAGAGGAUGAGCAGCAGCUCAGCCUCCACAGAGAUGCUGUUGGGGAAACGAUCUGAUCUGAUCCAUGAAGUGGCGACCAUGGCAGCUGUUAAAGACGUUCUUCUGGAAACUCUGCAGGAUUUAAAUGAAACUGAAUUCAUUGAGUUAAAACUGUUGCUGCAGUUCGCAAACUUCCAGAGAAAUAUUCCACUAAUCUCGUGGGAUGAACUGGAUGAUACAAACAGAACCAGAGUGGUGGAUCAUCUGGUUAAUAAAUGUGGUAAACUAUCUGUGGAGGUGAUCAGGGAGGUUCUACUGGACCUGAACAGAACCGAUCUGGCGCUGGUCCUGCCUGAGACCAGCUCAGCAUCUAAAGAGAAACUUUGUGUGGAGCUGAACUCUGCUUUCCUCCAGAAAGUGGAAAAGUUGGAGUUUGUGACGGAACUGCUGCUGGAAACACUGGAAGAGCUUGAUGAAGGAGAGAUUGGAAAGUUUCAGACAAUUACACAGAAUAAAAUUGACCAUCAAAGUGAAUAUAUACCGAUGUGGGAAACCAAAUUAAUAAAUGUGCGAUACAUUGUGGUGGUUUUUGUGCUGACUUAUUUCCACCAGUCAGUGGAGAAGACCACGGAUGUUUUAAAGCAGAUGAAGAAGCACGAUCUGAUAGCGAAGCUGUCAGCCAGAAGCUCAGGACCUAAAGAGAAACCUUCUGCAGGUCCACAUCGUUCUGCUCUGAUCCACAACGUGGCGAUGAUGGCAGCGGUUAGACAGCAACUCCUGGAAACUCUGGACAAAUUAACCCAGGAGGAAUUUUCAAAAGUUAAGCGAAAUUUAUCAGACUUUUCACCAAGAUUGGAGUUCACAACACAGACAGCAGAAGUCGUUGAUGAGAUGAUGGAGACGUUUGGCCAGCAGUCAGUGAAGAUGAUCAAAGAUCUUCUGAUUGAAAUAAACAGAAAAGAUUUGGCUGAGAAUCUGCAAGACACUGAAGAAACUUCAACAAGUGUGGAUUCUGUGGAUUGUGGAAGUGUGGAGCAGGACUCCAGCAGCUGGACCAAAGUGGACCCUGAGCUGGACGGGACGUCUCCGGAUGAAGAUCCCACUUACAGCCUCCAGUCUGCAGCGGGACACUUUGAAUGCAGCGUCUCUGGUCUGCGUUGGGUCUGCAGGGAGAAGGUGGGCUUUCGGUACCGGUUCUGCUCCUGGGUCGGACACAUGGAGAGGAUGGAGAGCAGAGGAUACCGGCCUGCUGGACCUUUGCUGGACAUCUCUGUCCUUACUGGGAAGGUGAUGGAGGUGCAGCUGCCACACUGGGUCUGCACCGACGAUGUUCCUGAGUUACUGAAGAACUUUGCUGUCCUCCAUGUUGGCGACUGUGGAGAUGUUCUGGAGAAAGCGACCCGGGUCACAAAGACCCAUGUCGGGUUAACAGAACCAGUUUUCUCUUUGCUGGGAGCUCUGAGAAAUCUUUUCUUUUCUCCAAGAAUCAUCUGCAACACAUUAAUUUACUACCAGCCCAAAACGUCCUACCUGAAGAUGCACGUCUACCUGAUUCCACCGGAUCCUGCUCUGAAACAGUCGGUCCACAGGAGAGAAUCCUCCAAGGGAUACGAAGAAAUCAUGAAGCCCCGCCCAGACAAGCCUCUGAAGAUGGACCGUGGAUUCAGCCUCCAGGCCACCGUAGAGACGGCCAGAAUCCAGCCACCGGUACCGUUUGGACUGGAAGGCCCACAUACUCAGGCGAACAUCUCUCUGUAGAGACUAACACAGAUGGACUGCAGACUCUGACCUGAUACCGAGUUUCUGUCACAGGAAACUGAGUUCACAUGCAACCGGGUUGGAUCCGACCGUGAGCGGAUUCGGUCAGCACAAACACAAAGACGUUAGCGUGACUCUGACUGACGGCUCAGCAACACAUUUACUGGCAUCCAUUCAGAUUGUGGGAAAUGAAGGAAUUUAUGAGAAACGCAGGCGAUGUUUACGAUCAGCGACCAAAACCUGAGCCAAUCACAGAACAACACACAACACCUGAGUGUGUGGGAACCUUCAGUUUGGGAACCUUCGGUUUGGGAACAUUCAG